CCUUGUUUUCUGCAGUGCUGUCCUACUGCCAACUUCCGAAUGCAAAGAUGGGGACAUCUCAAAGUUCUCGCCGUGUUGUGGUCGAAGACGGCGAAACAACUGGCGUCGUGAAGAUUUCAGAGUCUGUAGUGAAAAGAAUACGGGGACAAGUUCCAGAUACCAAAGAGAGCUCUUCUUCUGAGCUGCCCUCAAAAUGUACUGUUACAACACAGACAUCACCAGCAUGUACGCAACUUGACAAGGAAGAUGAUUUCUAUCGUCAGUCUUGGAAGGAACUGGAAGAAAGGAACGCAGAACUGCAGAGAAUUACAAACGAACAGUUUGCAAAGGCUGUAGUUGAAGUGGAGAAGAAAUUUUUGAAACACACUAGUUCUCCAGUGUGCCAAAAUCUCCAGUCACGGGUAUAUGAGUGUUAUCUUAGCAACCGAAAUCAAAUCUUAAACUGCGCGGCUGAAGUGAGAGCCUUUUCCACCUGUGUUGAGAGAGCACGACAAAAUGCCCUUUUCAGAAAAGGCUGAAUAGAAUGGAACUUACAAACACCUAAGGACCAUCGGGAGACUAGCUUUCGAGAAAAAGACAGUUACUUCGUGUAAUAAGAACUUUCAAAGACGCCAGAGUGGCAUGGACACUAAUUUGCAUCAUAGACAUUUGACACCUGAUUUUCAACUGCGUAAAUGGGAUUCUUAGUGAGCCUGCUUUUAUUACAGUAAAAAUUUGGUAAAAUAUUUUGAGGUUUUAUUUCAUUCAAUGCUGUUAAUAGUCUUAUAAGUGAAUGAGACUGUGUGGAAGCCUUAUAUUCAUUUGGAAAAGUAGAAUUGUGGAAAACUGUAAUUUAAAAGAGUUACUGAAGAUCUAGGCUAAAUAAAGAUCUUCUGAAAAA